AUCAAAUAGGUCUCAUUUUUGCCUUGUGUCUGUUGGAGACAGGCUAACCCUUCUUCCCCUCGCACCGCACGUAUAGCCGCCGCCGGUCAGUCCCAUCCAAUUCCCCAGUCAAUCCAGCUUCCCUUCUUGCCAGACUCCCUCGCACAGGGUAUAGCCGCCGCCGGCCAGUCCCCGGCCAAUUCCGUGAAAACAACACUGCUAGGUGAUUGAGAUGCAAAAUCUCUUACGACGAACAGGAUCGAUUCGUGGACUCUGCUGCAGAGUCAACUCCGCGCCGCCUCGCAGGUGGCCUACCGGGUUUGUGCGACGAGAUGCUCCACGAAUGAAUCUUCUUUACAGACCCUGCAGCAACAGGCUCAUCCCCUUGGCCUACACGACUACCAAAUGCAUGGAUACAGAAAAGACGGAGACCAAAUGUAGGGAUAUGGAAAAAGCUGAGACCAAAUGCAUGGAUAUGGAAAAGAUCGAGACCAAAUUCAUGGAUACAGAAAAGAUUGAGACCAAAUGCAUGGAUAUAAAAAGAAUGAAGAAGAUAACUAAGGAGGUUGAGAAUAUGUGGUGCGUGGAUCCAACCUAUCCAAAAAGCAGCCACCGUGAUGGUGCCAUAUACAGAAAUUGGCUUGUUAAGAAAGAAUGGGAAGGAGAGGUUGAUUUUACUAACCGUAAUGAAACUCUGUUGGAGCCAAUGAUGUUCUCAGAGCCAACAGAAAAUUGUUCUUAUUACCUUGGAGAAUGCAAGCUCCAUUAUCCUACAGACAUGUUGCAAGUUAUGUCGCUGACGCUGGUCCACGCUCCUGUAAGCAACGGCUCAAUGCAGUUAUAUGGAUAUGUUGCAGUACGGGAUGGAAGGGAUUGGAUGCUUAACUAUAUUUUCAACCAUAGCAGGGAUGAUCCCAUUGUCGUGCAGCAGGGUUCUAGCAUUGAAAUGACGGGCCCGAAGAGAGGUACCGAAAUGUAUCCACCUAUUCUAAUAGAAUAUGAUCUAAGGAUCAAGAAUGGAGGGUUGGAGGAAGAUGACAUGGAUCUGAUUGAUGGAGCUAUGCCCUGUUACCUUCGAACACCUAGUAAGCCAGUCAAACAUCGUAUUUAUGGCAAUUGUGGUACGGUGGACAUGUCUUUAGCAUUUAUCGAGUAUGCCGUGGAGGCCACAAUAGAAGUUGUCAUAUCAGACGCACAGAGAGGUUUGAGUUUGUCUCUGGGUUCCCUUGUUAAUAUUGAUUCAUCGUAUGAAGAAAUACAGCUUUUUCAAGGCACUGUUGACCAGUUAUCUCUACGGCGUUUUGUUGUUGCUGUACCCAAGAAUACAGAGAUGAUUUUGAAGUUGAAGGUGGAUAACAAUUGUGCUGAACAUUGUAUUUCCUUCAAAGCAAAGCAACAUGGGUGUGAUAGACAAUCGAUGAAGCUUGAGCUCUGUCCUAUUGCAGUGAAGGUGACAUGGUCAGCUAUUUGUGAUGGUUAACCUGAUUGUUAGUAGGGCUUCGGCUUUGGCUUCUGAUUUAGAACAGCAUCUCUAGUGGAUCUGUAUUGGAAAACGGACAAAAACGGCUUCAGUUGAAGGUUUAUAAUAAUUUGUAUUAGAUUUGUGAGGACUUGGCUCUAGCUUGUCUGUACAAAAAAGUCAAGAACGGCUUCGGCUGCUCCUUGCAAGGAACCAUUUUUUAUGUCCAUUUGGUAGGGCUCCUUACA